AUGUUCAAGUCUCUCUUCGACUUCUUGGGGUGUGCAGAUCCAGGAUCUAUGGACAUCAAGGUGGAGCCUCCAAAUUCAAGUGGGGAUGAGUCUGAAUCGUCAACCAAGAAUGCCGUCUUACAGGCGACAGAUGAGAAAUUUGACUGCAAAGGAGAAGUCAAAGUGGAGUAUCACUGCGAGCUCUGCAACGAGGGCUUUGACACAUAUAGGCGGUUACUCCAGCACUCCGUCGAGCACCGUUUGGAGUGGCCACACUGGUUUUGCAAAAAGCAGCAGCUUAUAAAGCAUCUGCGUAACCACGGCAACCAUGCCAGCUUUGAGUGUGAUCAGUGCGGGAACAGCUAUGCCGACAAUGUGUCACUCAAGAGGCACCGAAAGUAUCAUCGGGACGAUCUCAAGCGCCACAAGUGCCAUCACUGCUCGAAGGCCUUCUAUCGACAGUCUGACUUGAACAACCACUUGAGAACUCACACGGGAGAGCGGCCAUUUGUGUGCGACUUCUGUGGGAAGGCGUUCGUGCAGCGCGUUCAUUUGCGAAACCACAGCCACAUAUGCAGAUGUGCCGAUCCAGGGUUCAUUCACGCCAAGAAGGAGCUUCCAGAUUCCUGUAGUGAUGAGUCUGAAGCAGUGUCCACGGAUGAUGCCUUGCAGGUGACAGGAAGGAGUGGCCAUUUUGGUGUAGCCUCUGCGGUGCCAAUUUUCCGCGUCGUUUAG